UAACAAAAGCAAUGGGUUUAAUUUCAUCCCUCUACUUUCUUUAUCUCUGCUCCUUCCUCACGGCCGCAACCAUAGCCUAUGACGCCACCGAUAUUAUCAGGCUGGACUGCGGCCAAACUAUCAGCACCAACUCCAACGAUCGUAGGGCCUGGGAUGCCGACAAAGGAUCCAACCUCAACGACUUUAUAAGCUCCACAGCCGACCGACUAGAUUCCUCGGUCGAACAAGUCCCCUAUUUGACUGCCAGAAUAUUCAAAUCCCAGUUUACCUACAAUUUCACACUCUCAUCCGGCGGCCCCAAGUUCCUCCGCCUCUACUUCUACUCAGCCAACUAUUCCGGCCGCGAUAUCACCAAAUCAUUCUUCAACGUCUCCUCCGCCGGUCACACCCUCCUAGCUAAUUUCAGCGUUUUCCUUUCCGCCCCGGCAAAUUCUCCCUCCUUUAAAGAAUUCAUGGUCCACGUCGGGAAUAAUAGUCAAACCCUCAAUCUCACUUUCACCCCCACCUCCUCCUCCGUCGAUUCCUUCGCCUUCAUCAACGGUAUAGAAAUUGUUUCCAUGCCGGAUAACCUGUAUUUCAACUCUCCUAACACCACGCUCGUCGGGGGACAGAAUUCCAGGUUUAUCGUCGAUACCGGCAUGGCACUCGAGACUCUUUACCGCCUAAACGUUGGUGGACAGUCAAUCAACGUCCAGAACGACACCGGAAUGUUCCGGAAGUGGGAUAACGAUAACCAAUAUCUUAAGCCUAACGGUAUCGUCGGAAAAGAGCCUCACGUGGAUUUCACUGUCCUGUACAACAACAGAACGCCGGCGUACACAGCACCAGAUGCAGUCUACACAUCCCAGCGAUCCAUGGGUCCCAACCAGAAUAACUUGAUGGUCAACAUGUCGUGGAUCUUCAGCGUCGAUUCGGGUUUUAGUUAUCUCCUGAGACUACAUUUUUGCGAAUUUAUAAUCGAUAUAGAUGGAAACAAUCAACGGGUUUUCACUGUAUUUCUGGGCGAUCAGAUUGCGGAUAAAAGUGUGGACGUGUUCAGAAGUACCGGCGGCAGGGAAAUCCCUAUAUUUAGCGACUAUGUAGUAUCGCUACCCGUGGGGAACGAUGGCAUACCUUCAAAACAGGAUCUGUAUCUUUCUCUCUUCCCAAACAUAGAUUCGAGACCCAGUUACGUUGACGCUCUACUUAGCGGCAUAGAAAUCAUGAAAUUGAAUAAAUCAGACGGCAGUCUCGCCGGUCCAAAUCCUACAGUUCCAGGCUCCCCUGUAAAUCAGAAUAGAAAGGGUUCAUCAUCAUCCUCAGUAGGAGCCAUUGUCGGAGGUGUGGUGGGCGGAAUUGCUGUUAUCGCAAUACUGGCAUUCUUGAUUUUGAAGGAGAAGAUGAAUCCUGGUUUGAUGGCUUCGGUUUCAACGGCCAUGUUUGGGCGGAAAGCAAUACCGACGGGGAAGUUGAAUCAAAAUCUCGGGCUUACUUUGUCUUUGAAAGAUAUAAAAUCUGCCACUAGUAACUUCAACGACGAAUUGUUAAUCGGAAAGGGAGGUUUCGGAAAAGUGUAUAAAGGAACGCUUAAGAACGGUACUAUGGUGGCUGUUAAAAGAAGUAGCGAUGAACACGGGCAAGGGAUUUCUGAAUUUCGAAUGGAGAUCCUCGUCUUGUCCAAGAUUCGUCAUCGGAAUCUUGUUUCGUUGAUAGGGUAUUGUGAAGAAGGAUCGGAGAUGAUACUUGUGUACGAAUUCGUGGAGAAGGGAACUCUUCGAGAGCAUUUGUAUGUUUCGGACAAAAGGUCAAAAACCUCAUCGCCUAAGUCCGAGUUGUCUUGGAUUCAAAGGCUAAACAUCUGUAUUGGUGCGGCCAAGGGUCUUCAUUAUCUUCACACGGGGUUGGGGACUGGAAUUAUUCAUAGGGAUAUAAAGUCGACCAACAUCUUGCUCGACGAUACGUUCAAUGCUAAAGUUGCGGAUUUCGGUUUGGCGAGACAUGGCGAUGAUCCGGAUGAGACUCAUGUCACGACGGCUGUGAAAGGCAGCUUCGGGUACAUGGAUCCCGAAUACUAUAGAUGUCUUCGGUUGACGCGUAAAUCCGAUGUUUAUUCUUUUGGGGUGCUUCUUUUAGAAGUGCUUUGUUCGCGAGCUGCGAUUGAUAACUCGCUUCCUUAUGAGGAAAUCAGCUUGGCGACGUGGGGUUCGAGUUUGAUCAAGGAAGGGCGCAUAGAAGAGAUUGUGGAUAGUUCAAUUGCGGGUGAGAUAAAACAAGUUUCGUUAAGGAUGUUUGGUGAGACGGUUGAGAAGUGUUUGAGAAAUUGUGGCGUAGAUAGACCUAGUAUGGGCGAUGUCUUGUGGGAGUUAGAGUAUGCUCUUCAGCUUCAACAAAUGGAGAAGCCAAGAGAGCCGACGCAUGAGGACAGCGCCAUAGAUGUGUCUUGGGAAACCGUGUUUCCCGACGUAUAUAGCUCUUUGUCAAUGACUAGCUCUUUGUCAAUGACAAAUUCAUGAAGUUGUAAAAAGAGG